AUGAAAGUUGGCGAUGUGGUCACCACCCUGUGGACUAACUUUGCCAAGCAUUUUGAUCCCACUCCUUAUCAGAACGAAGACAUUCCCAUUUGGGAGGAGUUCUCCCCGGAAUCCUCAAUGAUCCUGAGAAUCGCAAAUUCCACCGAGACUCAAGAAGGCUUCUACCCAGACCGCAUGUACUUUUGGAACAAGAUCGUUUGGGGUGAUAUCAUCGAAGGCAAUGAUGGUCAACAACAUCAUUCGUCACAACCCGGCCCCGGAUUCCUUCCUGGACCUCCCAUUGCCAUUCCUCAAGCUCCUAUCGACAUCCCAGAAGGCCCUCACCAGGGACUUGCAUCCUUCGCCGGCUCACAUCAACAACAACAGCAACAACAGCAGUCCCAUAAACAAUUGAUUGGCUCCGGAGGCCAAUUUCAAAGCCAACCGGGCGUUGUCAGCCCUUACCGAUUCGUCCAGCCCUUCCGUGGUCAGCCGUCCACUCCCGCCGGUCAAGGGGGAUUCUACUACAAUAUCUAAAGAAAAAGACCGAACCUAAAACAUACGCCGAAUCCCAGAAUUAAAUGCUCAAGCACGAUUUUAUAAAAUAAAUCUAAAACAGAGA